AUGUCCAGCUCGAGCGAUUUCUCUGGCCCUGGGCGUGAGCUCAGGCAGCCGCGACAAACACGGCACUUCCCGAUAUCAAGGGUCGUCGUCGCCGCGCCUCAGCUCGUUUGGAUGAUGACUAUAGUAUUAGGAAUGGGAAUGCAUCGCGGCAGUGCCUCCAGCGACACAUCUUCCUAUCUACCUUUGGCAUGGUACGAUGGCAUCUUCAUUCACGUGGGGCCACUUCUACCCCUCAUACCUUUAGGAACACGUGCCAUGGCUUCUUUCUUAUCCGGUGCAUCAAACAUGGCGAAAGAUGUUUCAGCGUCGCGCGCUGGUCUUGUAUAUGCCUUCGCAGCGAUAAUCCGCCUCUCUGUGUACUUCGCAGCAGGGUUGUUCGGCGAUCACGCCAUGUCAGACCACAUCUUCCUCGGCUCGUGUGUGUUCUCUUCAGCACAUGCAGAGGCUGUCGCUGGACUUGCGAUGCUGGCUCGGAUGUGUGUGAUCAAGUCGACAGUAUUUGCGACUGUGUCAGCAGCGUUGGUGGUGCUCCAAUCUUUUUGUUUGAUGGGACUGCAGUGUGGAGAUUCAUGGUUUACCGCCAUAUAUUUUCAUACCCCAGCCGAGACCAUGAUUGCCUUGGUGCUUGGACUGCUGGCAUGCCAGGCCAUCACGAUAGGCAUGGUGAUUAUUCCAGCUGCGUCCGCCCUAGAGCUCGCCGUCAUAGCCUUGCGAGAGUCCCGGGACAGUCGGUUGGGGUGA